GCCACGAUUUGGAUAGAUCAAAAACUAUCGAAAAAGUUCUGCUUUCACCAAAAACAGUGUAAAAGUUCUGCACCUUUUCUCCAAAGUCCUCUAGGAAUCUUAACGGGCACUUCUCACACCUCGAAUCAUUCCCGACACCGAGGACCGGUCCUACGACUACCCUUCAGCGACCAUAGCCAUUUCUCUCUCCCUGUUUCGCCUCAGACACCGGCCUUUGUGAUCAUUUCCGGCAAAACAGAUCUGCAGCCGAUCUUAGGUUCAACCGUUCUUAGUUGCUUGGUAAGCAAAAAAGGGAAAGGAAAUGAAGGAUGAGGAGGCACCCACAACCACAACAACAACAACCACAACCACAACCAAGAAAGAAAGUAGUGACACCAGCGUCUUUGGGAAAGGAAGAUACAAAUUCUGGGCUCUGGCUGCCAUUCUGCUCCUUGCCUUCUGGUCUAUGUUCACUGGUACUGUUACCCUCAAGUGGUCUGCAGGUAACCUAAAUCGCAUCUCCAGUGACCUGGACUCUCCAAUCCGUGAUGAUCUUGAUGUCCUGGAAAUCGAAGAGAGGGAGAAGGUAGUAAAGCAUAUGUGGGAUGUUUAUACCCACAGUCGUCGAAUCCGACUGCCUCACUUCUGGCAGGAGGCAUUUGAAGCUGCAUAUGAGGAUUUAGCCAGUGACCUCCCUGGCAUCAAAGAGGCUGCCAUAUCAGAGAUUGCUAAGAUGUCCAUGCGUUCCAUUGAUCUCGAUUCCCCUCCUGUUCAAUCAACGGGUGCUGGAGCAAUGAGUAGAAGUUUCAAGCAGACAGAACGCAAGAUGGGGUAAUAGGCUGGAAUUUGUCAAUGGCAUUAAGGGUCUUGAAGAUCCAUGGAUUUUAUCUUUUACACAGUGGUUGCUCUGGCAAGUUGCCCAACAUGUAGCUUAAAGUUGGAAUAGGUGGUAAGGAGCAAAGAAGGGAAACAUGGUAAAGAAAUUUAGUCUGUUCCCCUUCCCAUACCUCUUUUGAAAUUUGUAAUCUUAUCGUAUCCAUAUCUUUUGAUAUGGUGUGGAUUGUUGAACUUAUAACUAGAUUUUGGCGGAUGGAUUUCGAGUAGAAAUAUGCUCUGCAAUGACGGUCUGCUUAGCAUAUCCCAUCCGAACAUAUAAACGUAUUGUGGUGUUCACUCUGUUAUCAUAUGUAUGUUAUGUCAAAUGGAAAUGAAAGCAAGACCAAAUGUUAUCUGACA